GUUUCCGUCGCUGCACGCCCCCAUACCAUGUUUUUUGGGGUCUUCGACACUGCAUCAACGCCCACCCAAACUUGACGUUGACAAUAAUAGCUGAUAUACUAGCGCGGGUGAGCUUCCCCCGCUCAGGAUUCAACCAGACAGAAAAAAUGGCAAGCGACGACCGUCGGAUAGGAGGUCUAGCCACCGAAAGGCCGGGUCUUCUCGUUCCUGGAGCACCCGGAGGACGAAGGAUGAGCUUACAAGCGGUCAUGGCGUCGUCUCAACAUCGCCGCUUGUCGGCUAUGGGCCUUCCGCCGGACCCGUCAAAUAGACCAGGAGGGGCUACCUCGGGAGUGUUCAGGCAGCCGUCCUUGACUGACCCGCUGCCAGACUUCAAUGCAUCCGCUUACGAGUUGGGAAGCAGGCGCACAUCUUCGAGCAAAAACAUGGGUAGAUAUGAGGCCAUGACUACUCUUCGCGCCGUCCAGCAGAAUGAUGAUCGCAGGGAAGCCAACAUGAGAUCAAGCACCUCGGUGUACGUGCAACCACCGUCGAUGUACCGCGUCCCACAGGCAGGUCCUGGCAUGGGCGGCGUGCCUCCAAACAAGAAAAACACAUCUUUAUGGACGGACGAGGAGUCGGACGACAUCAAGUCGUUUAUUCAAGCGUCACAACUGUCCGUCAACUCCUCGAUAUCUCAAAUCGGAUCCUAUGGGCGAGCCGCAAAUCAUCCGGGAAAGGUUUUGGACGUGAUACCUGAUCCGUACGAUCGAGAAUCUCAGACAGACUUUGACGAGCUCUGUAACGAGCUGCUGAACGUGCUGGGAGAAUUCGAAACGUCAUUGGAGGAGAUGACGACGUGGAAGGAUGACUUUCUACGACAGACCGUUCCGUCAAACAUCAAGCUGCAGUUGACGUUACUCUUUGCGAGGCUGUUUCGAAGCAAGUCUGAUCUUCACGAGCCUGUUUUCGAGUUGGUGAAGCAAGUCAAGAUGUUCUCUCGGCCAUGGCUUAACAAGCGAGAAGCGCUAAUAGAGCUCGAAAAGGAUUAUCAAAGACAGUGCCAUAUGGUCGAUGUGGCGAUCAGGAAGAUGGAGCAGAUGCAGCUGCAGGUUGCCACGAUCCGUAGCGAAAAGCGAGUAGCGCUGUGGGAAAGGCUGGCACGUAAAGUCAUCCAUCACUUCCUGGAAAGCUCGGGACAAUUUGUGGAUGCAGACACCAUUCUUGAGGAAGACGAGCCGGAAGAAGCACCUGUCGAGCGAUCAGAAAGCGAAGCAGUGGAACCUAUCGAGUCCGUGAGGGUCAGCACGAACAAUCUGGAGGAAGUGGAAGAGUCAAGUGGAUCGGGGUUCAGCUCCACCCGGCAGAGCUCCGCUCGAACUAGAGAGAGGUCGAAAGGAAAGGAGUUCAGAGGAGCUGGGGACCAUGCGGAUCGGCGGGAGCCUGAGAAAAUAUAUGACUGGAAAGGCGAGAUCCGAGACUACAUCAUCGAAGACCGCCCUAGUUGGAAGGCGAAAGCCAAAGAGCUAGUUCACCAAUUCCAAACUCUCCUGCGAAAGCACCACCCUGAUGCGUUCCGAAUCCUCGGCACAUUACACCGGCAUCCCUUCAUCCGCAACGCCAAACCGGGUUACUACUCCCUCCACAUGGGUUCGGUGGCCGCAAAGACACGACGGAAAGCUUACAUCCGACCGUCCUGGUCAAUGAUCGACCUGCGCCGUGCGGAAUUCGAGGAAGAUGAUGCACAGACGACACAUAGACGGACCUUGUUGACGCGGUCGAAUAGUGUUGGCGCACUGGAUCAUCUUCGACAGGGUUGGAAGCUGCUCAGACCGUUUCGUGAGAUCGCGGACAGGCCUGUUCCGGAACGUGUUCAUCCGGCAGAGAUGGAUGAAGGGUCUGGUGAUGAGACCGAGUCUGACGACGAGGACGAGAUGUCUGAUGUGGACGAUUCUAUGGAUCUUAAGUACAUGCUGGAAGACUUUGACGAGGACGAGAUCCGGGAAACCGUCAAUAGAUUCAUGGAAGAGCGUCCAAUGGUUUCGAUGGAACAAGCAGAGGGGAUAGAUGCUGGGGAGUUUGAAGGAGAGAAGAAAAAGAGCUUCUCGCUGCAGGAGGUCAUGGAAUUGACGAUGCUUCACGCGCAACAAAUGCAGCUGCUCCAGUUCGAGUUUGAAGGCCGUCUCGAAAAACUAACAACAGCCAUAGAACAACAACAAAUCGUCCACGCCGACAAAUGCGAAGACUACGAGAAAGCCCUCCACGCCCUCCAAGAACGCACCAAACGAAUCGCCCACGAAUACCAAGUCCAAGCAAAAGAAGCCAGCGCAGCCAAAGCGCAGGUGACGAGACCGGCCACGCAAGACACGAAAGUGUCCGACACCGCCGGCACCGAGAGUCUUGCGUCUACGCCCGCGGGCGGGCGGCGGGGGGCGUCGAAGAGUAGUCGGAGUAAGAGUAGGAGUGGGGUGACGAGUCGGCAGAGUAGUAGGCAAACGGCGAAGAAAAAGCCGAAGACGCCGAUCAUAUUGCUCUCGAGGCAUGGGAAGCGGGCGAAGUCGAAGCACAAACCGGUGUUCCACAGCGCUCCAUUUACGAUGUCGUUUAUGGACCGCCUCCGCUGGUACACCGAGCUCAAGCUCCAAAAACGCACCGAGAUCCACGACAAAUUCCACGGAAUCGAGCUGGCCGCCAACGAAGAGCGAUUGGCCCAAUACAGGCUUCUUUCGGGCGACAACGGCCAGGGCGGUCGUAGUGGUGCGGGGCCCCGGUUGCCUGCGGAGUUUAUGCCCAUGCCUGGCGAUGUGCCGGUGACGGCGCGGCAUAGGGAUACGUGGUCGCAGCAAGGUGUUAGUUCGCCGUGGGGUGGGCGGUAUAAUGUUCAUCAGGGUUCUGUGAAGCGACCCAACAUCCUCAAUCUCUUCGAUGUGGCGAUGAACCUGAACCUGCCAAGCCGACAUCCUCAUCCUUCCAUAGCGCCAUAUCACAGCUAAGAGAGCAAUCGCGCUUUUGAUUCGUGGAGCGCCGAUAUGGGACCAACUCUGUCCGAGGAUGCGAUUCGAACGAUUACGUGAUAUACAAUGAUAAGAUAUGUGGCAGUGAGGGGAGGGCCUUAUACGCCCAAACGCCCAUAAUGGAAAACGCCGCUAUGCACAUGAAUGAGGGUUGCAGUCGAUCAAAGGUCAUCCACUCUUCAGUUUCUUCGUUGGCGGAGGUUGUAUGGAGUGUGGAGGAUGCUCU